AUGGUUUUAUUUAUCGGUCUGCAACACAUAGCCGUAGUUCUUUUAGUCCUACUCCUCCUAGCAACUCCUAGCAACACCUUCGAGGGUACACGCCUUCUCAGCUUGGCUUGGCCUUCUGCAUUUACCUGGUUAUUACCUACCUGGUUUGCAUCUCAGUAG